AUGUUAUAUAACGCAUACCGGGCGGGCCAAGCUGCCGGGAAGACUCCAGCGUUAUGUGAAUCAGGUUCUUCCUUCCAGCAGAACGUCGCAAAUUGCAAGGAGUACAUCCCCUCUGCGGCCAACUCGACUUACGAAUUUGAGGGCGGUGUUAAGAUCGCCUCGUCCACAACGACUGCUAACGGCUUCGUUAUCUCGUGGGAAUAUACCACGUUCGUAACGAGCAUUCCUAGCACCUCUCUUGGGCACACGACAAUUUCGGGCCCCGGUGCCUUCUUAACCUCGUCGGCCAGCGAUACGUCGGGGGCCGCUCCCGGCCGGCCUUUCGCGACGCAGGCGGGCAUGACUUCGAAGGCCUGGAUAGCCGGACCCGUGGUGGGGUCGGCGGCCGGAAUAGCGAUGGUGGCGCUCCUAUGGCUGCUCCUCACACGAAGGUGGCGACGGCAGAGGCUCGGGAAGAGCGUGGCCGAGCUGGGCGGCGACAAGCCGGGCGAGGCCGCGGGGGAAAAGAAGGCGGACGUCGAGUUGCACGGCAAUCCUUUGCUGGCCGAAUUGGACGGCAGGGGCGGAAGGGAAAGGGGGACUCUGGACCCGACCCCGAAUCAACAAAUCCAGGAGUUAUGCGCGGGGAACAGGGCUUAG